AUGAACUUCGGGCAUAGCGAUGACAUUUUUGAAAAUCUCCGUUCUAUGGAAAUACUAUUGAAACCAGAUCCUUCCUACAUGGAUAAGCAAACUGAGAUUACUUGGAAACAUCGAUCUACUUUAAUAGACUGGAUUAUGGGAGUGCAUCAGAGAUUCAACUUCUCACCCGAGACUCUGUUUCUUUCUGUUAAUCUUCUCGAUCGGUUUCUUGCAUCGACAAGUAUUCAACUAGAGAAACUGCAACUCGCCGGUAUUACUGCUCUGCUAAUUGCAUCAAAAUAUGAAGAAAACAAAAACUCAAAUAAAAUAACAUUGAAGAAAUUUUUAUAUAUGAUUGAAGACGCUUAUAGUCAUAAAGAGUUCAUUAGUGCAGAAAAGUAUAUGUUAAAAAAACUCGAAUACAAUCUAGGAUGGCCUGGCCCUUUGAGCUUUCUGCGACGUAUAAACAAAGCGGAUGAUUAUGACAUCGAGAUACGCAAUAUGGCUAAGUACUUUCUAGAGGUUGCAACUCUAGACGAACAGUUUGUGGACUGUAUUCCUAGCUUUCUUUCCGCAGGGGCUUACUAUCUUGCACGUGAUAUACUCAAAAAGAGGGACUGGUCACAACUGCAUAUUUAUUACUCCGAAUACACAGUGGACCAGCUGAAAGACCUCACAGACGCCAUUCGUGACAGCUGCUAUCUGCUUGGAAAUGAAUCUCAUGUUCUGAGAAAGUACGCGGAUAGGAGGUUUCGCUUUGUUUCUAUAGAAGUCAAGGAGGAGCUUGAGAGAACUAAGAAACUCUCAUUCAAGACAAGAGAUAUAUAUGGAGAACCUUGA